AUGGAUUCGUCGGUAAUUGAAUUUUAUGAAGAAGGCGAAGAGGAUUUAGUCGGAACCAUAAAUGAAGAUACCUUAGUUGAAGUAGCAUUAAGUUCAUUUGGGGUGAAUAAACCGAAACCUCUGACCAUUUUUUAUGAAGAAAACAGGAGUCCGAUGAAUGAUACAUCCCCUACUGUUGUAGGAAGUGGCAUCACUAUUGAAAUUCCUAGCCCGUUCCAGUACAAGAGUGAGAAGACUGCUCCUUGGAAUUACGAAUGUAAUAUCUUAGGUAUGGCCCCCCUUACUUCGCAAGUAUCUUUUACAGAUCUAACUAGUGUGGGAGGAAUAAUGCGAAGUGGACGAUGUUAUUCUCCUAAGAUAACAAAAAGGGUUGAAAAAGGAAAAUUCAAACAAGGAAAAGAUCUGAAAGAAGCAAGUACCUUUCUCAAGGAUCAAACCACCGAACCUCCAAUUGCUCCGAACAAUGAGAUUAAAAGGCUUGUUACGAAAAAAAAAAUAGGUGAAUUUCUCAAAUUUAUCAAACAUAGUGAGUAUAGUGUGGUGGAGCAAUUAACUAGAAUGUCUGCUCGUAUCUCGCUGUUAUCUUUACUUCUGAAUUUAGAAGCACACAGGAAUGCGCUACUUAAGGUCCUGAAUCAAGCUUACGUGGCUCAUGAUAUAUUGGUGGAAAAGUUGGAUCAUAUCGUGGGAAACAUUACAGUUGGGAACUUCAUUGCCUUUAAUGAUGAGGAAAUUCCAUCGGGUGGCCGAGGAAGUAAUAAAGCUUUGCACAUUACCAUCCAAUGCAAGGACCACGCCGUACCCAGGGUCUUGAUCGACAAUGGCUCAGCUUUAAAUGUCAUGCCUCGCUCUACCUUAACCAAGUUACCUGUAGACCUGUCUUAUAUGAGAACCAGCCACAUGGUUGUAAAGGCUUUUGACGGAACCAUAAAGGAGGUGGUCCAAUUUCAAGUCAUGGACAUCUCCCCGUUCUACAAUUGCUUACUAAGGCGUCCAUGGAUUCAUAUGGCGGGAGUCAUACCCUCUUCCCUUCAUCAAAAGGUUAAAUUCAUAGUUGAGGGCCAACUGAUAAGUGUAUUUACGGAGGAAGACAUAUUGGCCAUUCAACCCUCAUCUGCCCCCUAUAUAGAGGUGACAGAAGAAGUCCCAGAGUGCUCUUUCAGAUCUUUUGAAUUUGUUAAUGCUACUUAUGUGGGGGAGGGAGAAAUGAUACCAACUCCUUGUUUGUUAGUAGCAACUGAAAUAGGGGUAAAGCAGACAGUGGGAAAAGGAUGCCGUGCAGGUUUGGUGCUAGGAAAGAAUUUACAAGGAAUUAACCGUCCUUUGACUCCAAUAAAGAAUGAAGAAAGGUUUGGUUUGGGGUACAAGCCUACCAAAGAAGAGAUAAGGAAAUUGGCAGCUCAAAAGAAGAUUAAAAUGAUGGCUCAACUUGAGGGAAAAGAAGAAGAAUUUGGGAAACGGACAAUUUCGUACUUAUAUGAGACUUUUCGCUCUGCAGGUUUCAUUCAUCCCGAAGCACCAACAAAGGUUAAUCAGGUUCUGCAGAUGUUUGAUGAGUUGUCAGUCCAUAUGAUCAAAGACGAAGAAUCUAACGAGAAGGUCGCUGUGGUGUAUCAAGUACUGCUAGGAGAAGAGCUAAUUAAUUGGACAACCACAGAGUUACCUGUUAUUUUUAAGUCUUUAAAAAUGUCUUUAAAUAAUGAACACGAAGACAAUCUGGAGAACAAUGUGAAUUUUGAUUUCGAGAAAGUUUCGAACAUUGAUGAAUUGAAAAAUGAAGAGGAAGUGGAUGACUAUGACUUACCCCCUGAUUUGUCAAGAUUGUUGGAACAGGAGGAAAGGGAGAUCUUACCUCAUCAGGAACUCACAAAAAUGAUUAACCUUGGAAAUGGGGAAGAAAAGAAAGAGGACAUGCCAGGUCUCAAUACUGACAUUGUCAUCCAUAAGUUGCCUUUGAGAUCAGACUGCAAGCCCAUUAAACAGAAAUUGAGAAGAAUGAAGCUAGAAAUGUUGUUGAAAAUUAAAGAAGAAGAUGGAAAAGUUCGAAUGUGCAUUGAUUACAGGGAUUUGAAUAGAGCGAGUCCGAAGGAUAGCUUCCCUUUGCCACACAUCGAUACUCUUGUGGACAACACAGCAAAACAUGCUUUAUUCUCGUUGAUGGAUGAUUUUUCGAGGUACAAUCAAAUUAAGAUGGAACCCGAAGAUAUGGAAAAAACAAUGUUCGUAACCAUGUGGGGAACGUUUUGUUACAAAGUAAUGCCAUUUGGAUUAAAGAAUGCAGGUGCCACCUACCAAAGGGCAAUGGUGACUUUGUUCCAUGAUAUGAUGCAUAAAGAGAUAGAGGUAUAUGUGGAUGACAUGAUUGUAAAAUCUCGUACAGAAAGGGAUCAUACUGUCAAUCUCAAGAAGCUGUUUAAGAGAUUGCGGAAGUUUCAGCUCAAGCUGAAUCCUGCAAAAUGCAUUUUUGGUGUUACUUCUGGGAAAUUGUUGGGGUUCGUAGUGAGUGAAAAGGGAAUUGAAGUGGACCUAGAUAAAAUAUGA